AAUAAAGAUAUCUAAAUCCUAAAUUAAGUAGACAACUCUAUUAUAAAAGAUUUAAAUCGUCAUAAUAUACAUAUGAAAAUUUUAACCUAUUGAAUAGAGUCCAAAUUUUAGUUUUCAUCAACAAUUUCUCUCUCGUUCAGAAGGGAACCCCUAGUGAUUGCUGAGUUCUUCUCAUAUAAUUGAUAGUCACAGAAUUUAUGGAAAAGAAGAUGAAAAAGGGGGAAAAGAUUUGUUUUUUCCUCUGAAAACCAAAUUAAAAGGUGAUCAUGAUACUUGAUUUUUUCACAUGGUUGGGUUCACUAGUUGAAACAAUAUGUAAAGGUAGUAAUGUUGUUGAUGAUGAUGAUAAUCGUUUCGAACGUUUGCCUGAUUGUCUGGUGAUUGAUAUUCUUAGUAGACUUCCAUCACAUUCUUUUCUUAGAUGUCGAUGGGUUUGUAGGCAUUGGAGAGCCUUAUUAGUCUCAUCACAACACUCUUUUACCAAUAUACAUCAUCUAUCUAGACAUACUACACCUAUGUUUAUCAUACAUGAAGAUUUAGCCAAAUAUGAUGCCAAAAGUGAUUUCGCAAAGCAUGGACAAGAUGUUUUUGUUUACAAUGAAAACAAGAAGAUUAAGAAAAAAAAGAAGGUUGUGUUUGAGAAACUUCAUCUCAAACCUGAGCUUAAGAUUAAUAAGGACAAACCUUAUCUUUUAUAUUCUUGUGAAGGAGUACUUAUGUUUGUUUCCUCCAAGUGGAAAUCUACUUAUUAUAUUGUCAACCCUAUAACACAAGAAGAAUUGACAGUACGAUAUACACCUGGUGAAGUUUUCGUAUGUGCUCUGUAUUUUUGUCCCUACACAAGACAAUUCAGAGUUCUUAUUGCACAACUACAAGAUACUUGUUGUACAUAUUUCGUACAUAUUGUAAAGAUAUGGAAGUGUGAGAAAAUUCAUUCGUCAAUCUCCUUCAACUUUUUGCCAAAUAGUUUCAAUCCUGUUGUUGUUAAUGGAGCAUUGCAUUGGAUCACGUUACACGAUUUAAAAAGGAAAGGCGUUGCUCCUUGUGAAAACGGAAUUAUGGUUUUCAGAAUGGAUAAAGAAGAGUUGUUUACUAUGCCUCAUCCUCCUGUAAGUAAGGUUUGUAAGUCAAAUCAAGAUCAUUUAGCUAUGAAACUUAUGGUGAAGGAUGAUCAUUUGUGUUUAUGUAACAUGAUUCUCCCAUGGUAUAUUGUGGAUAUGUGGUGGUUGGAGGACUAUGAGACGCGGUCAUGGAUCAAAAGGUAUAAGAUUAAUCUCUUAAAUGAGAGGAUUUUCCCUUUUAGUAAGCGUCUCAGUGAAAGGGAAAUUAGACACAGGCAUGCUUGGAAUGUAAAGUUUUUGUACCUCCAAGAAGGUGGACUUUUGAUUUACUUGAUUCACUUUUAUGGUGAGGAGAUAUAUCUUUAUAAUUUAGAUCGUAGAACAGUAAAGAAACUUGAAUUGCCGCGAGAAAAAUUGUUGGCCUCUCGUGAAUGGGCUCUUUAUCACAAGAGUUUUAUGGCAAUAGUCUAAUAGGUAGUGUUUCUCCUACAAUUGUAAGGUUUUCAGUUUUGAAUCUAAUAAACAAUUUGAAUAUUUUGAUGAGAUGGUUACAUAAUGCGUCAAUUGGUA